UUUUUUCUGGUCACAGAUAGGGCGGCAGUAGACAACAGCUUCGCCAUUCCUUCGCCCAGCGAAAGAGGACUCCUGCGGAAAUCAAAGCCAACAACUCCUGUGUUCGAUAACUUCACAAACUUGGCGUGCUAUGUCUAGAGAGAGCAUAUACUCUGCUUCGUUUAGCGCCAGUGAUAUCAUAGAGGCAUAUUAUUUGCAAGAGUUUGUUGAUUCUCUCGAACAGUGGUACCCGUCGACUCUGUGCAAAACGUAGACGAUUCCAUUUUCGCCGUUUGAACAAAACAAAACAACAAACGCAGAAAACUGUGUUGACUUUUAUGAAAGCGAUUCUCUGCGUCAGAGAGAACCUACCAGGGCACACUUUUACGCAUUGCGUCCAGUACGUAGAUUGUUAAUUCGCAAUUCGUUCUCGUCAGCCGGCUGAGUGAGGGCGGUUGAUCGGUGAGCUGAUUCUAUUUUCGUGGAAAAGGUCCAGUGUACAUUUCUCAAGCGAUGGGUGGGACAUCAUACUUGGAAACCUACAGUGCUACCACUAGCUAACAUAUAGGGACGAACAUCGGCUCCUACUGAAUGUACGACCUAUCGCUUUUAUGAUAAAGAACUAUUUGUUUGUGGUUUACUCCGCUGUGGAAUGAAUCUAAGCCAUUGUUUCGUAAGCGUAGCCCUGAGUGAGAUGGCUAACAAAGAUCCGUUUGAGACACUAAGUCACUUUAGAUUUUAUUAGGCCAAGACACGACCUACUAUCUUGACCAUUCAACGGGACAGCGCCGUCAACGGUCGUCCUGAGUAGGUGACAGAAAGCGACGUGACGGUUUACUAUCUGUAGAACGAACGGUGCGGACAAAACGUAAUAUAUUCUUUGAUAGAACAAAAUAGCGAGUUUCUGAAAGGACUUACCCUGAGGCAAGAUGUGAACUGAGCUUUCGGAUACUGUGACAGGGAGUGAUUAAUGCAGAAUAUGCGUAGCUAGCGUUACCACGUAAAGUCUGAACGUACUUGAUCAGAAAGGGCUAGAAGAAAAACGCCAGGCUGAAACUGCGAUACGUAAAUAUAGCUAGUGGACUGUUACUAUUUGCUCCCUUGGAUUGCGUUACACGGUAGAAAGAGAAUGUUCAAGUUUCGACAGUCGCGGAAGCGCAAGUUCAUGUUCGAUGAUAACGAACGCAUUGUAAUGACGCCCCGCAAACGCGGUGCGGGCCACACUUGCAUCGCCGUCGAGCGCGUCCGGGUAGAACGAGUCGAUACUUCACAGGCAGUACACGUCGCUGGUGGACAACAUCAGGGCAUUGUUAUCAAUAAGGAAAAUCAAUGUGGCGACUCUAACGAAGCAGAUAGAAUAGAAGAGGUGCCUCAGUUAUGGCUUGAGUUUAAGGUGUUCCUUAAAAAUGCCGCUGAUAAUACGCACUCACAGGAGAGUCGAAAACUCAAAUUUUGGUUUAAGCCCAAGGUGGACGAAAGGCUACAGAUGCACCUUGCGCAAGAUUUCUUCAAGGAACUUGUAUCGCCCUGCGAAUUUCCCAGAGAUUAUGUGGGAUUCAUCAAGAAGGUGAUGAAACUUCUGCAGAAACGUUACCCGGACAUGAGAAAGGUGGAAGUUGAGCUGAAGCAAAUGAAAACCCUUCAGCCAGAUCAAAAUCCUCAUAUGGCGAGCAUGGUCGAAGACGGGUGUCUGGUGCGAUCUACGGCCGAAGUCACGAUUGAACGGAUACUCGAACUUAUCGAAUGCGCUUAUCCUAAUGCUGUUACUGUUGAAGAUAUUGCAACAGCAUCUCUGUCAUCGGAAGAUACGGUUCGUGCAUUUAUUUCGGAACUGGAAGAGCGCGGUGUGGUCCGAACCUCAGAAGAUGGAACUGCCUUCACGAGAGUCACCAGAGAUGAACAUAAGGUGAAACGCGUGCGACAGAUGCCCCCGGUAACCCGACAGCAACAGCCGACCAUUGCCAUAAUUACAGCACAAUUCUGUGAGAAAGUCGCCGUGGAUGCCAUGAUCGACGAUAAGAACACCUUUGUCCGGUACAAAACUGAGGGCGAAUCCAACGUGUACACGCUGGGUAACAUUGGACGGCAUCGUGUCGUUGCCACAAAACUUCCCGCCAUCGGACAUCAGCGGGGCGCAAUGAUCGCCGCAGGAAACACCACAACGAGAUUACUCGGUACAUUCCAGAAUGUUGACUAUGUAAUUCUGGUGGGUUGUGGAGGUGGUGUUCCUCAUUACACAGACUAUUCGAAACAUGUGCGGCUUGGAGAUGUCGUUGUCUCGGAUCGACCUAAAAAUAUCGAACCGAAUAAUUACAUUUAUAUGUUCGCUGAGAAGAUUCAAAGUUCUCCGACCGACGAUCGAUCUCCGUCCCCGUCAGAGUCGUUCAACCUAAAAACAUGGUUACCUCCUGAGGAUAAGCUACAGGUUGCCGCAAGACAGGUUUUGGAAAGCGGAUCUUCAUUAUGGGAAGAGUACAUAACCGAAGCUCAGGAACAGCUAAGGGACAACGCAGAUUCCGCCGAUGGCGACUCGAAAGAUUUUGAUAGGCCCGCAGACGAAACGGAUAAACUCUACAUGAGUAUUGGAGGUAACGAUGUCAUUGAAGUGGGUCAUCCAUGUCCUCCAGAGGGAACUCCGAAUGCCCGGGUAGACGGUCACCCAGUUGUUCACUUUGGCGCCGUAGCCUCUGGAGAAGUGAUUGCAGCCGAUGACGCCCAAAGACAAGAGUUUGCAGCUCAAUACGGAAUUUUCGCCUUUGAUAGCGAAUUUGAUAGCGUCGUUGAAUCGGUGUACGGUAACCGUAAAGACAACUACAUGGUGAUUCGCGGAAUUGCGGACUAUCGAGACGGAACGAAACGUCGUGACUGGCAGAACUACGCAGCACUUACAGCGGCUGCUUUUAUGAAAGCUGUCGUUGAAAACCUACCACCAGCUGAAGGCCAAUAAAUUUCAUCCAUUUGUCAUGAGAAACGAAUCGAACAUAUGAAAAGCAGUCACCAGACGACAUUAUUGGCUUACGGAACUAUUUCAGGACGGACUUGACGUUACGGAAACACGAGAUGCAAUUCCACCCGCAUUGGUCUCAGAAGUUCAAAACUACAGCGGAUUUUGCAGGUUAAAGGGAUGUAAAAUAGGGCAAAGUAGUACGUUUAUUAGGGAGUCGCCUACUUGUCUUUUUUUAAUAGUGCCAUCAAGCAGCUUGAAACGGGCCCCAAGUUCUUGCCUCGUAGACAGGUGAAGUCCUAGGCUUAAAAUUGUUCAGUCUUUAGGAUCUGACCCCUUUCUUCAUGAGGAGAAAGGACAUAGCUCUUUUAUGGUUUCAGUGGGUAUCGGAAGCGUUACCGGACAUUGCUGCUUCACAUGAGGAGAGAAAGCUACAUCGCAAACUGACAAUAUUACAUCCGGUGAAAAUUGCCUCAUGUUUUAAACGAGGUCGCCGUGCAUCGGCGGUGUUGACCUGUUCUUAGUGAUUCUAAUGUCUUUGUCACAAUAUAGCGCUUGCAGGCACCUGAACCUUAUUCAUUGGAUUAGUCAACAGUCUAAAAUAACUAUGGCUACCAAGUCAGAUGAUUUAACAGUUAGGUGAAGUGCGGAAUAAGUUUACGUUCACGCACCUAUAUAUAUAUAUAUAUAUAAACAAUAUCGCGCCAUGCAUUUGGGGGUCGACCUUCGUUUUGUUUUAGAAACUAGCAAACAACUUAAACAUGCACAUGAAAAGACUUAACGACGCGAACAGAUGAAACUCAAAGGGGUCUGAUCGCGAUGGGUGGGGUAUUAGUAUAGAUCGGAUAAGUAUUUCGAAUAUUCAUAAGUAAAACGAUAAUAGAUGACAUAAAUCUAACAAUUGGAUCACAGACUGAAAACAUGGUGUUCUUCAAGAGUGGCACUGAUAAUUUGUUAAUAUAAAUGAGAGCAAAAAUACUUUGUACCCAUGAUAAUGCAAAAGGAGACAGGCGUAUUAUUUGCGUUGGGUUUUCUUCGCAGCGCAUUCGAUUCUGCCCCUAAUAGAAUACGAAGGUAUCCAUCGUUGCCACAAAUGUGAAUGCAAUAUACAACAAAAACUAGAGCUGUUUCUUUUUUUUUUUGUUUUUCUUUAUCAUCAUACUAAAGCAUAGAUGAAAGUCAACGAAAAUAGUAAUCGAAAAAAUUUAAGCCUUGCAUCGGAACACAUAUGGAUGAACGAAAGGCUGGUACACGAGGUGCGUACGUUUGUUGAAAACAAAUGUUAUGCGUCUUUGAACAGGUCAUGAGUGUAAACUGCCAUAGUUUACUACGUAAUUGCGAAAAGCGUAUUAUCUAGAUGUGCUUCCAUGAUACACGAGCAAUUGUGAAACGAUGAGAAUGCGAGUUAGACUAAAAGCGUACGGUACUGAUAUGAAUAAACAUGCGAACUUUAUGGCAAUUUAAUGAA